AUGGCAGUGAAUCCCGAUACGAAGGCCUGGUUCUUAGACGAAACCAGAGUCAUCGACCAACGCAUUGCAGAAAUUCAAACCAACAUAACUCGCAUCAACGAGCUCCAAAACAAUAUCCUCACUGGUACAUCUAGCCAGCAAGAAGCUACCAAUGCGCGUGAACGAGAAUCGAUAAUGACACACACAAAGUCCAUUUUGUUCGAAGUUAAAGAUAAAAUCAAAACAAUAGAACGCGAAAAUGCUAGAUUACCACGAAAUCAUCCUGAAAUCAAUCUUCGUCGCCAACGACAUGUUCACCUUCGUGAGAAAUUCACCAACGUUCUUGAAGAAUAUCGUGGCAUCGAAGAGGGUUAUCGUCAAAAACAAAAGGAAAGAAUGGCUCGUCAAUACCGCGUGGCCAACCCCAACGCAACACAAGCUGAAAUUGACUCGUAUCUUAAUAAUGUAUCUAAUCAACCCAUUUUCGCUACUAGUCUGGUUCGUACCAGUGAUGCUCGGACAGCAUUGGCAGAAGUGCAGAAACGACACGAUGAUAUCAAACAGAUAGAACAGACAAUUGGAGAACUGGCUGAUUUAUUCAAUGAGAUGCAGUUGUUGGUCGAGGCACAGGAUGAUGUAUUGGUCAACAUUGAAGAGAAUGUUGACGAGACGCUGAUGAAAACGGAACAAGCGAACGAGAAUUUAACUACUGCGACUAUGAGUGCAUUCGCUGCUAGGAAGAAAAAGUGGAUUUGUCUAGGAAUCUCAAUUUUGGUUGCGAUUAUUGUUAUCGCCAUACUUGUAAUUUAUCUCCGUCCAAAAACUGUUAGUCUCACCGGAAUCAUUUAUUUAUACAUGAAAACACCUGAACGAGCACACACACCGGCAAAAUUAUGGCAACGAAUUAAAUUAUCUAAAAAUUAUCAGAAAGCUCUAGAAACUAUCGAUAAAGAGUUGGAAGAUUGGCCAAAUUUUUUAAUACAUAAAUGCAAACAGCGCUUGACGAAGAUUACCCAAUACCUUAUUCGAAUGAGAAAAUUAAGAAAGAAAGAGGGGCCCGAGUUAAUUCCUGUAAGAAAAAAACUCGAUCGUCGAGAGGCAACUCGUGAGCGUAAAGCAGAGGCGGCAGCAAGACUAGACAAGGCUAUUGAGAAAGAAUUAAUACACCGGUUGAGAUCAAAAGCAUAUGGUGAUGCUCCUUUAAACGUGAAUGAGGACGUUUGGAGAAGCGUGCUCGAGGGAGAUGAGAUUGCGGUUGAAGACGAUGUCACAAGCGAGAGCGAAGUAGAAGAUCUGGUUGAGGAUGAGCGUGAAUUCGUGUCAGAUGUUAGUGACGACGAAUCAGUUGAUGACAUAGAAGAUAUGCUGAACGAGAUGUCUGAAGACGAAGAUGACGACAAUAUUAUGACAGAAUGUGUAGAAUUAGAAUACGAAUAA